ACCGACGAUAGACUGUUGUCAGAAGUCGAAGGAAUUUCAAGUGGCUGGCUGACGACUCUGUGACGACUGGUGAUAGCAGAGCAGUGAGUGGAGCAGAGCUGAUGCGAUAGUGAAAAUUCUGCAUCAUUUUUUCGUGAUUCGCAAUUAUUCGCCACCGUUCUUUUCUUUUGUGUAAUAUUCUGGUAAUUUUCCAUUAUCAGUGUUCCGUUAGUUUCGAAACGUUCGUUAGUACGUUCGCGCGAGUGGUUUAGGAGGAAGAAAACAAUCAAGGAGUGUUGCAAAUUGCGUAAAAAGAUUCGUCCGGGGGUGAAAAGGUUCUUUCUACGCAACACACAAGUGGAAAAGUGCAGCAGUGCCGUACGGAGAGGAGGAAGAAAAAAGUAGAAUAAUAGCUAGUGUCCGGAGUACAGGCGCUCCGUUAAAUUUUCUUUGUGCAAGAAAGUGCAACAAAAUGAAGAGCAAGUUCCAGUUCUAGUGUGCUGAUGUGUGAGGAUUUGAGGUUGUUCUGGAAGAAGGACAAUCUCCAGGAUCCCGUUAUCGCUGUGUCAACUGGAUAUGCGACUGUGCUACUAGCCUAAAGUCCGUUUCGGGGAGAUACGAAGACAACGACAACGAUAAUUCACUGACUCCCGAGUAACAGUAGCAGCAGCAAUCCCACUAAGAACGCACGUCCAGCCAUCGGAGGCGAAAGAAAAACAAGUUAAUUUAAAUACCUUUGUGUGUAUUAAUCCACUGCAGUGUGUACAGCCGAGCAGGUGCGCAACCAUUAGAAGAGGUGGCGCGGAAAAGGUGCAAACAGUAGUGAAAACAACAACAACAACAACCAAUAUGAAGAAUCAAAGGUGCAUUAAUACCUAAACCGAGAAUGGAGUACUAGAGUACUAGAGUGCUAAACCACAUCAGAAAAGCGAAAACACCGAGAAUAGAGAAUAGAGCACAACAGCAAAAACAACAACAACCACGACAGUGAACGAAUGAACAAGAGAGGGUGUUCGAAUGAGGGGAAGCAAUAAAGUGGCCAGUGGGUUAAUCGAGCGAUGCAUUGUUGCAGCAGUUAGGAAGAAGGGGCUGCAGCAGAGUAUGAAAUAAGAAGAAAAAAAUAACACGUGAAAGUGCGACGAUGACUGACCAAGUGGUGCCGUUUAUUGUUGCUAUUAUUGUUGGUGAUAAUUCUCGCCAUAGCGAAGAGUGCGAGUGAGCGAGUGAGUGAGAAGCCAAGUCAACGGAAUUCCCAAAUCCUCGAAAGACCCAUAUACCCCGGGGAGGAACAAGUGCGUCAGUGUGAUCAAGUUUCGAUGGAGAUCUUUUAGCUGUCUGUCCAAGCGAAAGAAGGAGCAAAUCUUCGGACGACAGAGAGCCACCUUUGUGGGAUUGCAUCGAUUGCAGCGGCAGAAGGCGAAACAAAAAAAAUGGGAGCCAAGGAUUCGAAACCGUCCUGUAUCAGCUACGAAGAUGCAGUCAAACGAGUUACGGAUCCGGAGCUGCGAAGGAUCAAGGAUGCCUUCAAGCGAUCGGCCGGCACGACCGGUACGGUUCUCAGCAAGAGCGCCUUCGUGCAGGACGUGCUCGGCGAUGGCGUUCCGCCGAUGGUGGCCGAUUGGCUUUACUCGGCCUGCGGCGGAACGCCCAAAGGAAUCACCUUCAAGGAGCUGCUGUGUGGGCUGGUGCUGCUCACCAAGGGCACCCAGGAUGAGAAAAUCAGAUUUUUGUGGAACUUGUAUUGCAACGAAUCCGGUACUCACAUCCUGAAGCAGGAUUUCCUGAAAGCCAUACAAAUCGAAACUACGUACCAAAGCAACGUACUGAACACCACAACCAUCGGCAGCAGUAGUUUUAGCAAUAGUAAUAAUAGUAAUAACAAUAACAACAACAACAAUCAGGUGCUAGUGAGCAAAAGCAACAGCCUGCCCAAGUACACGGUCGCGCUCUUUGGGUUGAACGAUCGGGUCACCUUCGAGCAGUUCAAAUCGUGGAUUCAGAUCUACAAGGGCGCAACGGUGCUGUCCAAGUGGCUGCUCCAGGAUGCGUGCGUAAAUCUCAGCUCGGAGCUGGAGACGCCCACCUUCUACCAGAGUUUGGCCGGGGUGACCCACCUGGAGGAGCAGGACAUCGGCGAUCUGGAGAAGGUUUUCUGGCUGCUGAAGGGACUGGCGCUGACGGGGCAGUUGGACCUGGAAUCGCUGGGUCCGCUGAUUAGUCCGCCGGUGCCGAAGGCGGCUCUCGGUGGGGUGUUCCUGGCGUUCGACGAGAACCACGAUGGGCACAUUGACUUCAAGGAGUUGUGCUGUGGCGUUAGUGCGGCGUGUAGGGGGCCGAAUGUGGAGAGGAGCAAGUUUUGCUUCAAGGUGUUCGAUAUCGAUCGGGACGGGGUGCUGAACUUUGGGGAGGUCGGGAAGAUGGUGGAUAUAUUGUUGUUUGUGGCCAAAGAAACGAAUGCGGCGUGUUACAAGAGUUUAACCGGCAGGCGGGUGAUGGAAGAGUUGUAUCAGCGGGCGAAUGAGGGGUCCAUGAUGGGGAGCAGUGAAACGGUUCGGGAGUGUUCGGUGGUUCCGGAUCCGGUGCCGGAGUUUAGGUUUACACAGGAGGAUUUCCUGAUAUGGAGUAUUGAGAGCAGCACAAACUUGGUGCAGCCGUUCUUGGAUCUGUUGUUUGAGGUGUGUCAUAUUGUGUUGGGUUUGAGGCCACAGUGCAAGCAUUUAGAAGGCGAUAUCGUGAAAGGCUGGUUAGCCCGAGAGGUUCGCAGAGGUUAUAAAGUAGGGCAGUUUUGGUAUUUGAUAUCGUCGGAUUGGUGGCAUCAUUGGUCGCUGUAUACUCAGCCUGCUACGAAUUCAUCGUGUGUGCAUUGUAAAAUCGCAUCGAGUUACGCGAUCAGCAGAAACAACGCAGUAGGGGCUGUUCCGGGAGUAGACGAAGCGAUGAUAUGUGAUGAAAGUUUUACCUCAAACUCGACGGAGAGCAUGGGAGAUUUACUUAAUACCGGAGAUUCGUCUAGUCUGGGAUCAGGAAGUAGCGGGAUUUCCUGUGGUAGACAACCUGGUGGUCCACCAGGAAUGAUAGAUAACCAAAGUCUGAUAGCACCAAUUCUGUAUAAACAGAUUCCCACGCUGACAGGGGAAGGCGGAAGGCUGAAACGAGAUUUGACUCUCGUACAGCACAGAGACUUCGAAUUAGUCCCGGAUUCUCUUUGGAAAGCUCUUUCCCAGUGGUAUGGCGGUCCGCUGCCUCUACCGAGGCAAGUCAUUCAACCUCUCAGCACAGGGGACGUAGAGUUGGAACUUUAUCCCCUGAACCUCCGAAUUCUACGGCAUCAGAUUCCUUCUCCUCAACAGCAGCAAAAUUCCAACAGUGCAUGGAGCAAUAUUUCCGGUGGAUAUGGUGCCCUAACAAGUGGAAACUACUCCAACACAUCCGUCUCAAACGCCCUGCAACCUCCGAAAAAGUAUCUGGCCUACACCGCCGCAUUCAGUAGACUCGCAACGGUCAAACAAGUUGCCGAAUUCCUUUGCCAAAGACUGAAGCUCCGAGUGGAGGAUAUCCGGUUAUGGCACCUGGCACCCACCCCAACCGGCACGACCGAAUUUCCCUACCUUCUCGAAGAGGACAACAACACGCUCCAAGAGCUCUCCAUCGGCGAUAACGAUCAGCUUCUGCUGGAGAUUCGCAACAAGGACCUCACCUGGCCCGAAGAACUUGGAUCGCUAACGAUCGCGCACAGCCAGAGCCAUAACAAUCUGGAACGGCGCGGAACGAUCGCCUCGAUCCAGUCGCAGCAUCCGCCCGGAGCCACCGGACUGCACAAUCUAGGUAACACAUGCUUCAUGAACGCCGCCCUGCAAGUACUGUUCAACACUCAACCCCUGACGCAGUACUUCAUCCGACGGAUGCACAUGUACGAGCUGAACAUGGCGAACAAACUCGGUACCAAAGGACAACUGGCCAUGCGCUAUGCCGAACUGCUCCGGGAAGUGUGGACCGCGUCGCAGCGAUCGAUCGCACCUCUAAAGCUGAGAUUCUGCGUCACCAAGCAUGCACCGCAGUUCUCCGGCGGCGGUCAGCACGACUCCCAGGAACUGCUGGACUGGCUGCUGGACGCCCUCCACGAAGAUCUGAACCGGGUGAUGGAGAAGCCCUACAGCGAGCUGAAGGACUCGGACGGCCGGGCGGAUGUGGUGGUCGCGGCCGAAGCGUGGAACCAGCACCACGCCCGCAAUCAGAGUAUUAUCGUGGAUCUGUUCUACGGGCAGCUCAAGUCGAAGGUGACCUGUACGGGGUGCGGUCGCGACUCGGUACGGUUCGAUCCGUUCAGCUUGCUCAGCUUGCCGCUGCCCGUGGAGAACUACACGUACUGUGAAGUUUUAGUCACCCUCCUGGAUGGUUCCGUACCGGUGAAAUACGGCCUAAGACUGAACUCGGAAAUGAAGUAUUGGGAUCUGAAGAAACAGCUGAGCGAACUGUGCGCUCUGGAUCCGGAACUGAUGCUCAUCUGUGAACUGUCCAACUCGCAGAUCCGCUGCAUUCUGGCCAACGAGAAGAAAAUCGAACCCACCACAGCGUGCGAGCUGUACGUGUAUGAGCUGCCAAAGUUCGAUAAUAUGCUUGUGAGGUCACGGGCCGGUUCCGAACUGGCCAUCAACAUCGAAAAGGGCCUGAAGGAUAUUCAGCGAACACCAGCUCUUCUACUACCAUCGAUAGAACCGAGCCAGCUGACGACCACGUCGCUCAACACGACAAUCUCUUCGUCGUCCAACUCGUCGUCGACCACGGUUGACGAUACGGUGGCCAUCACCGGUCGUCGCUCGGGGCCGGGCGACAACCCGGCCAAAGUUGGCACCGGUUCUGGUGGAACGGCGGCCCUCGGCAAUCGUAAAGCAUCCGGAUCGGCGGCGGCGGC